AUGCACGCGAUUCAGCAACAAUACUGGGCAGUGCGAGACUACCUCAGUCCCGUCCUCAAGGAGAGCAAGUUCAAGGAGCAUGGCCGGAUAACACCAGAGGAGUUCGUUGCCGCCGGCGACUUCCUGGCAUACAAGUUCCCCGUGUGGACCUGGGAGAAGGGCGACGCGUCGAAGGCGCGCGAUUACCUCCCCGCCGAUAAGCAGUACCUCCUCACACGCGGCGUGCCUUGCCUGCGGCGCGCCACCGCGCUCGCCGCGACCGGGAACGAGGCGGACGAGUGGGUCGAGACGCACGCCGGCAGGGCGGCCACGCUCGACAACGCCGCGAACGCGGUCAACAUCGACGAGAUCCCCGACGUGGACGAGCCCUCCGCGGAUGACGUCGCGGGCCAGGUCGGCAGGAUGUCUCUUCAGGGUGGUGCAGGGGCGGUAGGCGAGAUCCCGGAUAUGGAUGAGAUCCCUGAUAUGGAGGAGGAAGACCUGGAAGCGGGGGAUGAUGAGGCGACAGCACCAAAGGCUGCUGCGCCAUCAUCAGGCGUCAUCGAGGCUAGUGAGAUUGAAGUGGCGAAGGGCAACCUGCUGCAAGUGCGAACUUACGACGUCAUGAUCACAUACGACAAAUACUACCAGACGCCGCGUAUCUGGCUGAUUGGCUACGACGAGAAUCGGACACCCCUCAUGCCGGCGCAGAUCUUCCAGGACGUCUCCGCCGACCACGCAUUUAAGACCGUGACUAUCGAGGCCUUCCCACACAGCACCUCGCUUCAAGCAGCAUCCGUACACCCAUGCAAACACGCGAGCGUGAUGAAGAAGGUCAUCGAGCGCAUGAACCAAGGCGUGCUCGAGGAGCAGCGCAAGGCUCUCGGGGGCGCCGUCUCGCCGUCGACGGGCAAGGACAAGGACAAGCAGAAGAAGUGGCUCUUCCGCAAGACGAGCGGGACAGGCAAGGACGCGCCCCCGUCGCCCGCGCCGGAGGAGGACAUCGACGGCAUGCGCGUCGACUUCUACCUCGUAGUCUUCCUCAAGUUCAUCGCGUCGAUCGUGCCCACGAUCGAGGUCGACUCGACGACGGCGUUCUGA